CCCACGGGCAGGAUCGAGGGCUUCACCAACGUCCGCGAGCUCUACGCCAAGAUCGCCGAGGCCUUCGGGAUCGCGCCCACCGAGGGCCUCCCUAUCACCCCGUUCUGAGGAUCCCACGCCCUGCCCUUUCCCGUGGACCGAGAUCCUGGCGGCUGGGUGAUCAGACCAGUGGCGAGCCUCUUCGUGCCUCGGUUUCCCUCUCCUGAGCGCAUCCCCCUGGUUGUCCUGCGCAGACAGAGGGCGAGGAGCACUGUCGUUAACUCUGGGCUUCCCCUCCCCUCGGGACAGAUCCUAUUCUGCACCCUAAACAGCCACAAAGUAGACAUGCAGAAACUCCUGGGCGGCCAGAUAGGGCUGGAGGACUUCAUCUUUGCCCACGUGCGCGGCGAGACCAAGGAAGUGGAGGUCACUAAGACCGAAGACGCCCUGGGGUUGACCAUCACGGACAAUGGGGCCGGCUACGCCUUCAUUAAGAGGAUCAAGGAGGGCAGCAUCAUCAACCGGAUCCAGGCCGUGUGCGUGGGCGACAGCAUCGAGGCCAUCAACGACCACUCCAUCGUGGGCUGCCGCCACUACGAGGUGGCCAAGAUGCUCCGCGAGCUGCCCAAGUCACAGCCCUUCACCCUGCGCCUGGUGCAGCCCAAGAGAGCCUUCGAUAUGAUUGGCCAGCGGAGCAGAAGCAGCAAAUGCCCCGCGGAUGCAAAAGUGACCAGCGGGAGGGAGACCCUGCGACUGCGUUCCGGGGGGGCCGCCACAGUGGAGGAAGUGCCCACCGAGUUUGAGGAGGAGGCGUCCCGGAGGGUCGACGACCUGCUGGAGAGCUACAUGGGCAUUCGGGACCCUGAGCUGGGUAAGGGGCCAGGCGUCCACCAUGGUGGACACAGCCAAGAAGACGCCGAGCGUCCAGGAGUUUGCGCACCGUUUAGAUUCCGUCUUGGGCGAGUUUGCCUUCCCGGACGAGUUUGUGGUGGAGGUGUGGGCCGCCAUCGGCGAGGCCAGGGAGGCCUGCGGCUAGUCUGUCCCGGGGCUGAGCGCAGCCCCAGCCCAGAGCCCAGCCCCCUGCCGCGGCCCUCCCCGCCGGUUCCCGAAGCCCAGCCCUGCGCCAGAGCCCAGGCCAGCUCGGAGACUGGGCUCCUCUCUAGAACCCAAUCCACCUCUGAGACCCUACCCAGCUCCAAAACCCAGUCCCCCUCCAGAGCCCAGGCCAGCUCUGAGACCGAGUUCACCUCUAGAACCCCUACCAGUUCCGAGAGCAAGCCCAGCCCUGAGGUCAAGCCUUGCUCUAGAACCAAGCUCCGUGCGGAGACCCAACCCGGCUCCAAAACCCAGCCCUCUUCUAGAACCCAAGACGGCUCUGACGCGAAGCCCAGCCCUGAAAUCAAGUCAAGUUCUGGAGCCCAGCUACGUUUCAGGACACAGCCGAGCCCCGAGAUCAACCCCGGUUCUGGAAGCCAGCCCGGAUCUCUGACCAAGCCCUGCCGUAAAACUCGACCGGACUCUGGAACUCAAGACAACCCCGUGACCCGGCCGUACCCGGACACCCCGUCCAGUUCAGGAACUCUCGUUAGUUCUGGAGCCCGGGCCAGACUCAAGAAACAGCCCGGCCGCAGUGGCCACACCGGCCCAGGAUUGGAAGAGGGCCCCCAAACCCAAGUCUACUCACGAACCCAGACGCAAGCUGAACUUCGGUCCAGACCCAGACCCCAGCCCUGCCCUAAAGCCCAAGUGCCCUCAAGUACCCACUCCCAACCCGGGGCCCAGUCCAGCUCCGGUGAUGAUUCCAGCUCAGAGACGGAGCCCAGUUCUACGCCCCAACCUAGUGCUACAACCAGGCCCGUCUCCAGAAUUCACACAAACUCUGGAACCGCGGCCCUCCCUGAGCCAAGGCCUGCCUCCCGAGCCCAGCUCGACGCCGAGCCCCGCUCUCACGGCAGAACGCAGAGCAGCUCUAGAAUACCGUCGGACUCCGGGACCCAGACCGACCUCAAAGCCUGGGCAGUUUCCAGAGCUCAGUCCCGCUCAGGCACUCCACCCAGCUCUGGAGCUCAGCUCAGUUCUGGAGCACAGAGUGCGUCUGAGAUCCCGUCUGGCUCCCCAGUGCAGUCCGUGGCUGAGGCCCCCCUAAGUUCCAGAAUCCAGCUAAACCCUGGCAUCCUAUCUAGCCCUGGGACCCGGACCAACGCAGCAACAGACUUAAAGUCCACAAAUCUGUCUCGCGCUGAGAGCAGACUCAGUUGCAGGACGCAGACCUGUCCCAGAGCUCCGUCGACCUCUGGGACUCAGCUCGUCUCAGAAACCCUGCCGAGUUCUAGAUGCCAGCUCCAAGCCACAGGCCAAGGCAGCUCUGGUAUUGAGCUGAACUCUGGGAAGCAGACGAGCUCUGGAACUCAGCUCAUCGCUAGAGCCCAGCCCAGCUCUGGAACCCAGCCCAGCUCCAGGAUUCAGUUCAGCCCUGAGACCCAGCCCAACUCUGAAACCCAGAGCAGUUCAAGAACCCAGCCUAUUCCUGGAACCCAACCAAGCUCCAGAAGCCUGAUCAGUUCUAGAACCCAGCCCAGCUCUGACACCCAGCUCACUUCAGAGACCCAGCCCCGUGCAAGAACUCAGCCCAGCUCUGGAACUUGCCUUAGUUCUAGAACCCAGCCUGCUUCGGGAACCCGAUCCAGCUCCAGGACCCAGACCAGCUCAGAGAUCCAGCUCAGCUCUAAAAGUGGGCUCCACCUACAGAUCCCUGGCCUUGACCUUAGAACCCAGGCUGAUCUCUCUUCUCCAGCCCCCAGAGCCCUGACUCUGGCCCCUAGCACAGUCUCUCGGCCUCAGCCCCGGCCCCAUGAUCUGGUACAUGGAACCCAGGCCGACACCGGCCUGAGCCAAAGCCCAGCGACUUCCUACCCGGCCCCUCGGCCACAGAUCCCCUCAGCCCCCCCGAAACCAGCCCUCUUCCCCAAGCCUCGGCUAGGACCCCAGAAGUCCCCCCCCUCCACCAUAUCUGUCAUCCCUAGUUCUGCCCCCAGGGAGCCCCUCCUGCAUUCCCAGCCCCCUGAAUGCCUGGCUCAGGGACCUGUCCCCUCCCCCAUGUUCAAGGAGUCAUCAGAGCCCCUCCCCCACCAAGGGGAGCUAUAGUUCGAGGAUGACUUCUGUUGGCCUCCGUGGUCUCCCCCAUCCUGUCUCCUGCCCCUCCCAGCCUGGGUCCCCCCUGGAAGCAGCAGGUGACCUCAUUCCCCCAGCAGGUUGCAGGGGCGGGGAGGGGGGCGGGUGGUAGGGAGAGUGGAAACAGGGGCUUUAGUUUCACCGGGGCCUGGCUCUCAGAGCUGUAAGCAGAUCCCAGGUCUGUGGAGUGGAAAGCUGG